UCUCCCCUCUUUCUCUCCCACCCCUUCCUUUCCCUUCGCUCUUCUUUGGGCUUUGGCGAGCGGCUUUCGACGAUCGCCGAAACCGCCGGGGCGCGACGAAGUCGGUAGCGGUUUACCGACACGCCGGCGUAGAAAAACCGGUUUUCCGGCCGCUCGAGGAGAAGUCGGGAGCCGGUCCGACCGAACCGGAAAAUAUAUAAUUUAAGGGACAAGAAAGGAAACGGUCUCGGCGACGAGAUUGGAGCUUGGUCACUCGAGCUUUAGUUUGCUCUCCAAUGGCAGAAGCUUGAUAGAGCCCUGAAAGACGCAAUCAAAACCUCCGAAGCCAUCUUUUGGUGUCUGGAAUCGCGAUCAGGCUUUUUUUCUUGAUCCGUUUAGCAGUGAGAGAGGGGGUUCGCUAGGGAUUUUAGGGGCUUAUCUAUGUAUGGAAGAGAGGGAAGGCAUGACAUCUGGGAUGGCGGCGCCGGCGAUGACGCCGCCAGCGGAGGCGGCAGAGAGCUACCAACCACCGCAGCCGCCGCCGCCGCCGCCGGCGCAGGCGGAGGUUGCGACGGGGGCGGCGAGCGAAGGCCCUAGCCAGGUGGGAGGAGUAACGACUGCGCCACCCCCGCAGGCGGUGGCGAUGGGGUCGGUGUCGGGGAGCGUGGCCACGGGGGUGAUGAAGAAGAAGAGAGGGAGGCCGAGGAAGUACAGGCCAGAUGGGAGCUUGAUCAUGCCGCUGAGCCCGGUGCCCAUCUCGGCGUCGGUCCCUCCUGGUGAGUACCAUUCGGCUCCGGGGAUGAAGCGGGGUAGAGGGCGGCCAGGGGAUUUCGUGAAGAAACCGAAGCACGGAAUCGAGCUGGAAUCUUUAGGUGAAAUGGUUGCAUGCUCUGCUGGUGCAAAUUUCACACCUCAUGUCAUCACUGUUGCAGCUGGCGAGGAUGUCACUAUGAAGAUCAUAUCCUUUUCUCAACAAGGGCCUCGAGCAAUUUGUAUCCUGUCUGCUAAUGGUAUCAUUUCAAAUGUCACACUUCGUCAGCCUGAUUCCUCUGGGGGUACAUUAACUUAUGAGGGCCGAUUUGAAUUACUCUCCUUAUCUGGAUCAUUUAUGCCAAAUGAGAAUGGAGGAACAAGAAGCCGAUCUGGUGGCAUGAGUGUUUCUUUGGCAAGCCCAGAUGGUCGAGUUGUCGGGGGAGGAGUUGCUGGUCUGUUGGUAGCUGCCAGUCCUGUGCAGAUUGUAGUUGGCAGUUUUUUGCCAGGCUACCAGAUGGAGCAGAAGAGCAAGAAGCCAAAGUUAGAGACUACAUCUGUCUCUUUUCCAUCGGCUACUAUCCAGAUUCCAAGCUCACAUGCAGAGGAGGCUUACAGUGGUGACCAAGGGACCAGCACUUCAGCAAUGCUGAAGGCAACUCAUGCAACUACCUCCUUCAGAGGAGAAACCCGGUCUUCCUCUCUACCCUCGGGACCUGAUGACACCAGGAACUUCCCUGCCGAUAUCAAUGCAUCAUAACCUGGAGUGUGAAUUCGCUCGAGUCAUCAUACAUUGCUGACCUGAGGGGCUUCAAACUGACCAGAACCUGGCACUCCUUGAUGUUAGUUGCUUCAAGGCAUAACAGAUACUGCAUUGGGGUAACUGAGGCUCUCGCACUUGUUCCUAACUUACCCUCUAAGCUCAGUGAUCUACAUUUUCCAACAGUAGAAUUUAAUAGCUGUUUGUUUCAAAGGGCUUGCACUUGAUUAGCAACUCAAGUGAUUGUAUCAUCCAGUACUAUCUAGCUUUGAUGAUUUCCGCUAUUGUAAAGCUUGGUUUUUAAUCGGUUAAGCUGGAGCAGAAUCUUUGCUUGUUUCAAUAAAAUUCAGUAUCUACCUGAAACAAUUGUUGCUCCA